AUGGAAAAAUUCUUACAGUUCGCAUUUUGUGUGUCACUGCUCACCGUUGGUAUUGUUUGCACGCGCAACCGUCAUAAACGCAGCAUUUACGGCUUAGAUUCGACUGGUCCUUACCUACCAGCUCCCUUUGGACCGGUACCAUUUGCGCCAUUCGGUUUGGGUUCGCCUUACGCGCAACCGCCGUUCGCUUUGCCCUACAGCCCUUAUGCACCACCACCUUAUGCCACACCACCACAUUCCUAUCCAUUGUCACCAUUUUAUCCACCGCAACCCUAUCACAAUCCCAUAUUUGCACCAGCAGCAGCAUCGUUUUUCCGGCCACCACCAUUCCCGCCCUUGGUCGCACCUGCCACGCCGGUGGGUCCACCGCCGGCUCCAAUUAUUGUGCCUGCAAAGACAGCGGCAGCUUUGAGUAUUGCUUCAAUUAUACAUGCAUUUAUUGCACGAAAAUUCUAUCCACCUGUACUGCCAGUGCCCAUUGCUAGACCGAUACCAUAUCCAGUGCCAGAAAGGUCCUCAAUAACAUCGACUUCACCGCGUUCAGUUCCGACAGCGAUGUUGGGGCCAAUGCAAGGUGACGAAGUAAUGGAGCAGAUGAGUAGUUUACCUGCAAACUCUUGCGCUCAAAAGGUUCCACAGCGUAUGAUGGAGAAUUUUCUUUACGGCGAGAUAAAGACGUCAACGGCAAUACCUUGGCAACCUACAGUGAUCCCGAUAAGUGAGUAA